GCAGAACCGAACCCAAUCAGAUCAGUCCCACACUAAAGCGACACCAAACACACUGUGCCUUUGUCUCCGUUAUUACACAUUAACUUCUCUCCUCUCUCUCUCUCCUCUUUUUUCCUUUUCUUUUGAAUUAUUUCUUUUUCCAUCUCAAAUGUAGAGAAAAAUUCACUCCCCUCACAUAAAUUUCCACUUUCUCUCGCACUCGCACGAUUAGGUAAUUUGGUCUAUUUUACCAAGGAAAUGAGCAAAGAAAGGCCACCGGAGCCUCUUGAUUUCUUCAUUUGGACUGUUGAGGAUGUUGGUUUGUGGUUGGAAGAGAUAAAUCUGGGUAGCUACCGCCAGAUUUUCAAGGAAAAUGGUGUCAAUGGAGAAUAUCUGGAGGGUAUGUCCAUGUUCACAACUGAACAGAUUCUACGGUUUAUAAGGCGAUGUCACAUGAAAUGGGGAGACUUCAUUACACUGUGUAAGGAGCUCAGACGGAUAAAAGUGGCUUGCCUAAAAGGAGAGCAAAAAGUGCGCAGGCCAUGGUGGGCUCCGUCCUGCCUCUCUAUAGUCUUUGUUAAGGUGGCAAAACGCAACAGACAGUCGAGAGUUGUUUCCUUGAAGCUGGAACCCUGAAGCAAGACCGUAUGUGUAUGUAUUUGUAGUUUUAUUUUUGUUUAGGGAGCACAACAGUAGAGAACUCAACUUGUCUUCAAUAUGGCAAGGUGCUGGUAAAAGUUCUUCAACGGAGAACUUUCUUUCGUAUACGGGUUUUUUCUUUUUAUAUAUAUUUUGUUUCUGAUGAUUUGCAGUUGUAAUCCUGUUUCAAUCCUGGGAGCGGAAUAUAAUGAAUGUGAUAUCAAGGAAAUCACUGUAAUAUGGAUCAGUUGUGAAGAAAUUCGAUCUUGGACAUUCUCUACAGAAAUUUUAUAGCAACUAUUUAUCCCUCGAGUAUUUAAUCA